AUGAUAUCCAGAUUGUAUCGAGGAUUUUCUACAAAGAAGGUUGCUGUUGUCUUAUCAGGAUGUGGAGUCUACGAUGGAUCGUAAAGCUUAUGUAGUGAAAUCACAGAAUCAGUUGCAGUUCUUGCAAAUUUAUCUAACUCCCACUUCAAGUUGUAGCAAAUCCUAUUUUCUACCAUUUAAUAAUUGAAGUAUCUCUUUAACUUAGAGCCAAAUCGUAACAAAUUAUAAUUAAUUUUCGAUUUUAGAUAAAAAUAAUUUUUAUACAAAUAGCUUUAAUAAACAUAUCUAUAAUUCGUUCUCAUCUAAAAAUGAGCGCAAAUAGAUAUAUUGAAACAAAAUUAGUGCUUAGAAGCAAAAUUUAUAUAAAUAAUUUGUUAAAGACCUUUAAAUUGGGACAUAAAUUUUGUUUCUUUAGGAAGUAAGAACGGUGCUGAAUAUCAAUGUUUUGCUCCCGAUAAGCCUCAAUUUCACAUUGUCAAUCACCUGAGCGGAGAAGAGGUGCAAAAUCAGCAAAGAAAUGUUUUACAAGAAAGCGCAAGAAUUGCUAGAGGGAACGUGCUUGCAUUAUCUUCUUUAAGACCAGCUAAUUUUGAUGCACUCAUCCUUCCUGGUGGAUUUGGUGCAGCUAAAAACCUGAGCACUUUCGCUACUCAGGGUGCUAAUAUGACUGUAGACCCCGAUUUGACUCAGGCUAUACUUGGCUUUUUCCAGCUCAAUAAGCCUAUGGGUUUUACCUGCAUCUCACCAAUAAUUUGUGCAAAAAUUCUUGGAACCAAAAAUAAAAAGCCUGGAAUUGAGCUCACUUUAGGAAAAAGAAGAAAGGACGAAACAUGGCCUUUUUCUGGAAGCAUAGAAGUUGCUGAUAGUUUCGGAAAUAAAUUGGUUGACAAGGACGUUGAUGAAAUAAUGGUUGAUUCAAGUGCUUUAAUUGUGAGCACUCCAGCAUAUAUGAAAUCUACUGCAAAGCCACAUGAAGUUUACGAAGGAAUUGGAAAACUAGUCAAAAAAGUUUUAGAUCUUACAGUCAAAAAUGCAGAUGAUUAA